UCCUCGGAGCAUACGGGGAUGGCUCUGCACAGCCUCGCUCUCUGGGUCUGCCUCGCAUCGCUGAUGAAUGCUGUUGGUGUUUCUGGUGACUGCUGGCUCAUCGAAGGAGAGAAAGGAUUUGUUUGGCUGGCAAUCUGCAGUCAAAACCAGCCCCCUUACGAAUCCAUCCCUCAGCACAUCAACAGCACCAUCGUGGACCUCCGUCUGAACGAGAACAAGAUCAGAAGUGUCCAAUAUUCCUCGCUCAACAGGUUCGGCAACCUGACGGAACUCAACCUGACCAAGAAUGAGAUCUCCUACAUCGAGGACGGAGCCUUUUCCGCCCAGUACAACCUGCGCGUUUUGCAGUUGGGCUUCAACAAGCUUCGGAACAUCACCGAGGGCAUCCUGCGUGGACUGGGCAGGCUGGAGUACCUCUACCUCCAGGCCAACCUCAUCGAGGUGGUGAGUCCAAACUCCUUCUGGGAGUGUCCCAACGUGAUGAACAUCGACCUGUCCAUGAACCGGCUGCAGUCGCUGGAAAGCUCCACCUUCCUAGGCCUCGGCAAACUGUCCACCUGCGAGCUCUACGGAAACCCCUUCUACUGCUCCUGCCAGCUCCUGGGAUUCCUCAAGUGGCUGGUGCAGUUCAACAACGCCACCAGGAACUACGACCGCACCCAGUGCACGUCCCCCGUCGAGUUUGCCGGCUGCCCGUUGCUCGGGCAAGGCCAGGCCGGCUCCCGAGAUGCCCUGACCUCCUUGGCCCUCAUGUGCAACGAAGAUCUUUACCCUCUGGACCCCAGGUCUGUGUACACGGAGAAGCCCACGACCACCGCCGCCUCCGACAGCCCUUGCGAGGCGGACGACUGCCCCUCGGGCGAGGAGUCGACGCCGCUGAUCUCCUUCCAGACGCCGGUCAUCAGGGUGGAGGUGACGCCGGAGCUGAAGCUGAAGGAGGUGACUUACACCCGGGCCACGCUGCUGGUCCGCAGCUCCCCGUCCGCCGCUGCCCCCAGCCUCCUGGUGCAGUACAACAACAGCGUGGCCAGGGAUGUGAAGAGCCUCGGCGCCGAGGAAGAGGAGAUUGAGGUGGAAGAGUUGUCCCCCGACACCAACUACACCUACUGCGUGGCCUCGGUGCGCGACUCCCGGCGUUACAACCAGACGUGUGUCAGCUUCUCCACCCGGGCCAGGGUGAGAGCCAAGCCGCUGCCCGCCGCUGCCAGCACCACCCACUACAUCAUGACCAUCCUGGGCUGCCUGUUCGGGGCGGCCAUCCUCCUGAGUGUCAGCUACUACUGCCUGCGCAAGAAGAAGGAGGAGAGGGUGAAGGGCAAGAGGCCGGGAGAUGCCAAGAAGACCAUCAUUGAGUUGAAGUACGCCCCGGAGCUGGAGACCAUCACCAUCACCCAGAUGGCGCAGAAACCCGUGCCGCCUUCCGACCUCAUGUCCUCCCGCCUGCCCUUCCUGCCCUCGCCCGGGGCAUUGGGCGAGUACGACGUUCAGGAGGCGCUGGACAGUCCCACCACCAGCCGGGGCAGCUACAUGGACGUGAGGACGGCGGAGCACCCGUACCACCGAGACCUGCUGGAGAGCAUGUUCGCCGAGAGCCACGGCUCAGCUGCCGAGAUCUCCACCAUCGCCAAGGAGGUGGACCAGGUCAACUUGAUCAUCAACAACUGCAUCGACGCGCUGCAGACCGAGAGCAGCUCCUUCCGCGGGCCGGGGCCGGGCGUGUCCGUGGAGUCACAAGGCUUCCUGUUGGCCGAGCAGUCCCUGAGCAAGCCAGGCUUCCUGUCGCCCGUGUACCGCGACAGUUACCACCCGCUGAAGAGGCACAGUAGCAUGGACGCGGCGCCGAGGUGCCCCAGCAACGCGUCCAAUUGUUCGGUGCGCAGCCCCCGGUCGGUGCGCUCCGAGAUCUACGCUUGCCCGCGGUAUAAGCCGGAAGGCAAAUACAUUGAAAGGACCUCUCCGGCACGCAGUGUUGUCCUGGGCGGGACUCCGUGCCGAAUUGGGAGAGCGGAAGCGGGCCAGAUACAAGCCUACGGUGACCACUCGCACCUCUACGCUGGCUUGCACUCCGGAGAGAGGAAGCAGGCGAGGAGCCCCAGCCCUUGUGUGAUGGAGGCGCCGCAGCGAUCUCGCUCCCGCAGAAACCUGGCCUACACCCAGUUCUCCCCCCAGUACCACAGCGUCAGCUACGCCUCCAGCCCGGAGUACUCCAGCAAACCCUCCAAGGGGGUGUGGGAGCGCUACAAACCCCACGAGAAGUGGCGCAGACAGGAGGAGUACCUCGCCGCCGGCUACGCGCUGAGAAAGAAAGUCCAGUUCGCCACAGAUGAGGAUUUGCAUGAUAUUCUAGAUUACUGGAAGGGAGUUUCCAGCCAACAUAAAUCAUGAUCCCCAAUUUACCGGGACUUUAAACUGGGCACACGAAAAAAAGGAAAAGUUCAAAGUGUCCGUUUUUAUUCUUAAAAAGAAAAUAUUCUUGAAAUUAAACUUUGAAACUGUAAAAGAAUUAUUUACAAAUAUAUAUUAUACGAGCCCACUCAUACAUAUAUAUAUAGAGAGAGAAAAUAUCUACCUAUAUAUUAUAUAUGAGAAUAUGAGAAUAUAAUAUAUGUUUAUAAAGGUGGGACGAGGGAGAUAAGGACACCCAGAAGCCUUGGAAUAUCAGAUAUAAUUUAUCGCAUGAUUCUCUCAUGUAACUGUGACUCACUGUGGUGUACAUGGGGCAUUGUUUGUUGUACAGUGCACACUGUGACUGGACUGUACUGUGUAAUUGUAGCUCACACACUGCUCAUACCCCCGCGUUGUACAGUAAUAUUUGCCAGUAAAACCCCCCCCACCUCCCCUGCAGUUCUGUACAGAUAAAUUUCUAUAUUUGCAAUGAUGUUUCUGGGUUUUUUCGCCUGUUUGUACCAGGUUUUAACCGUGGAUUUUACAGAACAGUUUGUUUGAUUUCCGAUGAAUGUCUGAGCACUGACCACAAGCAUUGGAUAAAACUGGACUGGCAAAAAAAAAGAGAUGAACUGAAUGGUUUCUUCUGUCGCAUUAUCACUGGUCCAAGUCACCGGCUCUCUCAGUGAGAGGAAAGACCGCACUGUCCACGGGGGCACAGAUUCAAAAGGAAGAUAGCGAAGGGGGGAGAGACAGAAAGAGAGAAAAGGAAAUAAGAAAAUAUGAGAGAAAAUUAAAAUAAACAUUAAAAAAGUGUUCUAUUUCUACAGCAUCAUUCCCUAUGAGGUAGAGGAGUGUAUUUACCAAACGCUAACAUACGGGGGCUGGUGAGAACUCAU